CGCAGCUUCCGCUCCGGGGCGUUUCCGUCUCGUCAUUUCCUCCCCCGCCGCCGCCGCGAUCGCCGUUUCCUGCCCGGCCGGAGGGGUCUCGUGUCCCUCCGCAGGCCCCGUGCGCGCGCCGCCGCCUCUCCCUUGCUCGCCCCGCGCCGCCGCCAUGGCCAUGAGGCAGACCCCGCUUACGUGCUCCGGGCACACGCGGCCCGUGGUAGACCUGGCUUUCAGCGGUGUCACCCCCUACGGCUAUUUCCUCAUCAGCGCCUGCAAGGAUGGUAAACCCAUGCUGCGUCAGGGCGACACAGGAGACUGGAUUGGCACAUUUCUCGGUCAUAAAGGUGCUGUUUGGGGUGCCACUUUGAACACAGAUGCCACUAAAGCAGCUACAGCAGCAGCAGAUUUUACAGCCAAAGUGUGGGAUGCUGUGUCAGGCGAUGAACUAAUCACAUUGGCUCACAAACACAUUGUCAAAAGUGUGGAUUUUACACAGGAUAGCAAUUAUCUGUUAACAGGUGGACAAGAUAAACUGUUGCGUAUCUACGACUUGAGCAAGCCAGAAGCGGAACCUGAUGUUGUCAGUGGACAUACUUCUGGCAUCAAAAAGGCUUUAUGGAGCAGUGAUGACAAACAGAUUCUUUCAGCUGAUGAUAAAACUGUCCGCCUCUGGGACCGGAGUACUAUGACAGAAGUGAAGGCACUAAAUGUUGCAAUGUCAGUGAGCAGCAUGGAGUACGUUCCAGAAGGGCAGAUACUUGUGAUAACCUAUGGGAAGACUAUUGCUUUUCAUAGUGCAGAAACUCUAGAGCAGAUUAAAUCAUUUGAAGCACCUGCUACAAUCAACUCUGCAUCACUUCACCCUGCGAAAGAAUGUUUGGUUGCAGGUGGUGAAGAUUUUAAACUCUAUAAGUAUGACUAUAAUACAGGAGAAGAAUUAGAAUCUUACAAAGGACACUUUGGUCCAAUUCACUGUGUGAGAUUUAGCCCUGAUGGGGAACUAUAUGCAAGUGGCUCUGAGGAUGGUACACUAAGACUGUGGCAAACAACAGUAGGAAAAACCUAUGGUCUUUGGAAGUGUGUAGUUCCUGAAGAGGAGAAUGCAGAAGCAGCAAAAGCAAGGACCACCCUUCCAGGAACUGCAGAGGAGGAAAUAGAAGAUCUUGCCUCUGAAAACUCAGAUACAGUGUACAGCUCAACUCCUGAAGUUAAGGCCUGAUUAUUGCAACCGUUACGUGACAUACGGACAUACGAGACUAAAUCCAGUGACCGGUGAUAAACAGCAGCCUUCCAGAGUGUGCUCUCUACAUGAGGCAAAGAUGGGCAGUAAUUGAUGAGAAUGCGGUGGAACUGGCUAGGUGUUGUCUGUAAGAACUGAAUAUCCAAACAAUAAAAAAGAAAAAGACAAGUAGUAGAGUUCUGCUAUCUUCUUAGCAUAACUGCCUACUGUCUUUUCAAAGAAGUGUGCAAGCCAAGCUCCAGUCUCUCCAAUUUCAAUUAGACUCAUUGUAGUGUGGGGGGGUUUUUUUUAUUAUGGAGAGGAGAAACAAUGGCUUUUACCCCCCCCUUUUUUUUUUUCUUUAAAGUUGGAAAAUUUGGCUUUAGUUGAAAAGAAUGGAUUAUGUACUUAAUGUGUUUGGUUCGGGUUUUGUUUCAUUGUACGCUGCUUCUGAAUGUUUGUUUUCAGUUGUCUUAAUAAAAUGCCUCUCAAAACUCGUAUCUUGCUGUUGAGCGUGGGGUUCAUGGAAUGAAAAAGUAAUGGAAUCUUUUCUAGCAUCCUGGGUUUCUACUAUACAGAGGGAAAGCAAUAAGAAUGUUUUAGUGUUGGUACAGACUGUGGCAAGUUCUUUAAUCUGUAAGCUUUGUGUCUUUUUAUUCUUUAAAGUUUGAAUGUAAAUGUGAGUCUCUAAAAUCAAAACCAGUGAAAACUCCUAAAUUAAACAUGCUGCCUGAAGUACUUGGUUGUACCUGAAAAUCUCAGAGGUUGGCUAGGAGUCUGUAUAGCACUUGGGUUUAGUCCUCCAGAGUGGAUAAGAAACUUACUCUUUCAAGAUUACACAUCAUAUUUUCUUCAUUAAAGAAAGUAUUGCCAUUCUU